UAUAUAGCGGUUUAGCCUGAGGUACGCCGACUGGUAGUAGUGGGUCGGGGUACCGGUGCAGUGAGUCAUAGAUAUGCUGUGUAUGAUAUAGACUGUGUAUGUAACUUUACAGGAGCGGCUGCGGAGUUUUCCAGGGAGGGGGUGCAACAUCCCAAAAAGGGAAACUACGAUAUUCCAAAGUACACUAACAUGCAUUAUACAGAGGAUUUCCAUGGUACUCUGGAAGAAGUUCGGGAGAAGAGGUGCGAACCCUUAGCACUCUCUCCUUGGAUCCGCGCCUACUUUAAGCAGGUCUUUUGUGGUUAUCAGACCAUCCUGGAAUCUCACACCUGUUGGGUUCAGGAGAUUCGUGUGUCACUAGACCAGCGCCAUGGACACGAUAAUAACUUGUCUCUUUCUCUCAGCUUGCUUUGUCGGCAUUUUCGCCCCAAUUGCAUUUCACGAAGGCAACUGCACUGACGCUAAGGGGAUCCACCACAAGGACGGGGAUGUGUGGUACCCGCGCGGGGAAUGCGCCAAGUACGGAUGUUUUAUACGCAACGACGUACUGGUGCGCUACAAAGAAUCAUGUCCUGACUACCCUGCCCCCGACUGUCGCUUCCAUCUGAAGAGCGACCCCCUGGGCCCUUUCCCAGAAUGCUGCUAUGUACCUAGGUGUAACACUGGUUAAUAAACUAACUUUCUCCUG